AUCUUUUUUUUUGUGUGUGUAUGUUUCAUUUUUGGCGGGCGAACGGAUUAACAAACCUUCUUCUCCUCUCAGACCCGCAAUGAGAUUCAGCACUUCGGACACAAACUAGCCGCCGACUGAAGGCCGAGGAGAGGCUGCCACGAGGCGAAACGACGGAGGAGGAGGGGCCAAGAAUGGAUACUCGGCCGAGCGCGAGAGCCUCCCCGCGGGGAUGCCGGCGCCGAACGCCAGGCCUCAAGGGCCGUUGACCUGCUGUCUCUGUGAUUUAUGGCGGCUUUGGGAGGGGGGAGGCUCCAGGCCACUGCAGACUCCUCUCUUCUCUCUCCUCCGUCCACACGCUCGGGAGUUGCACACACACGCCGCCGCUGUCUGCAGGAGGCACCCGUGGAGGAGUUCUUGGCACGGUGCGGCCGGCAACGCCUGCGUGCACGUGCAUAAAUCCACCCGCCGGAUCGCCGCGUUUGUACAUUGUCGCUCAUACAGAAAUAAACUCCUCUCUCAACAUCCCCGCACUGCAGCAAUCCCGUCGCACGUCUGUUAGACAAAGCCCGCUCUGGGAGUAUGUGUGGAUUACGAUCAGUCACGGCGUGUCAGCUGUAGAGCACCAGGGACGGCGUGGGAGUGGGAAACGACUUAAUCGAUGCGACUCUUUCCAACAAGUGCUCGGUAACGCAGGAUUCGGACAAAAAAUCCCCUCGUAAACGGAGAGAGCCAAGCGGUGCCCUCGCCAUGGUGUUGCCGCCCCCCGACAAACGCCACGUGUGCUUGACCACCAUUGUCAUCAUGACCAGCAUGGCCUUCAUGGACGCCUACCUGGUGGAGCAGAACCAGGGGCCCAGGAAGAUCGGCGUGUGCAUCAUCGUGCUGGUCGGGGACGUGUGCUUCCUCAUAGUGCUGCGAUACGUGGCGGUGUGGGUCGGAGCCGAGGUGCGCACGGCCCGGCGGGGAUACGCCAUGAUCCUCUGGUUCCUCUACAUCUUCGUGCUGGAAAUCAAACUCUACUUUGUGUUCCAGAAUUGCAAGGCGGACAGGAAGAGUCUGGAGACGGUGGCGCGGAAGGCAUUGACGUUACUUUUAUCGGUGUGCGUGCCCGGUCUGUACUUGGUUCUCGUGGCGCUGGACAGCAUGGAGUACGUGAGGACUUUCCGGAAGAAGGAGGACAUGCGAAGCCGCCUGUUCUGGGUGGCGCUGGACUUACUCGAUCUCCUGGACAUCCAAGCCAACCUGUGGGAGCCCCAACGCACGGGUCUGCCCAUCUGGGCCGAGGGCCUGAUGUUCUUCUACUGCUACAUCUUGCUGCUCAUCCUGCCCUGCGUGUCGCUGAGCGAGAUCAGCAUGCAGGGCGAGCACAUGACCCCGCAGAAGAUGAUGCUCUACCCGGUCCUGAGCUUGGUCACCAUCAACGUGGUCACCAUCCUCAUACGAGGCGUCAACAUGGUGCUCUUUCAGGACAGCCGCGUGUCCACCAUCUUUGUGGGCAAGAACGUGGUGGCCAUCGCCACCAAGGCCUCCACCUUCCUGGAGUACCGCAGGCAGGUGAAGGAGUUCCCUCACCCUCAAAACGCCAUGGCCAUGGAGAUGCAGCAGAACUCGGUCGGCCACACGCAGACUCUGCCCAACGCCACCACCACUUUGCCGCACGAACCCACGCCGGCGCAGGACGUCAUUGAAUCGUGACCGCCAUCCUGCGCCUAGAAUGUAACCAGCAACACAACUCGACCUGUGAAUUUUAGUCAUACAACAAAAUGUUCUGAAAGUUGUGUUUAGUAGGGUCCAUCUCUUUUGUAACAAUGCUUCUUGCAAUUAAAUAUAGCGUCCAGAUGAGCAAAAUAUUAUUUUUUGCUCAAUCAAUUCCUUUUUGAGUAAUGGGUACAUAACUAACUGUACUUGUACUCGCCAGACUCAAUGUCGCCCCCUUUUGGUGUGACGUCAUCUACAGAACUGAAGCUUAUUUUCUCGCACAGACAGUGUGGAUAAAGGCAUGUAAAACUAUUAUUUAUGUCCAUUAAUUGCAAAACUGAUAUGAAUCAGAGUCAAAAAC